AAAUCAAAGUUGUUGUAAAAGCGCGUGUUUGCACUGCGCGAGGGGAGGAAAGCUGGCCGGUGGAUGAGAGAGGAGCGAGGCAGCGGAGAGAAGUGGGCAAAAAAGACAGACUGCUGCCACGGUGUAUUUACCUCCAUUAACAUAAUACGUUUAUUUUGUCUUUUACGCACCAAUUUUGAGUCUAAAACCCGAAAACAUUAAACGCCAUUUCGACGGAAUACCUUCUCAUACUUGGACAACAAAUUCCCAGAUGGAUGCUGCCGACGAAAGAUGAUUUGACUGUCGAAACUAGCUCUACCUCCUUGGAUAAGAGACUGUAGCGAUGUUUAAACCUCUCUGUGUUUAGUUGUCUCACUCCUCUGUCGCCGUGGACUUAUCAAUUCACUUAAGUUUUGCAUUUGAAGGAACAUUUUUUGAUCCGAACAUGACGGAAAUCAGCGAGAAGGAGAAUGAGCCGCAGAACAGGGACCUUAACCGACCGCAGGCUACCUUGCCCAGCCAACCCGAGUCAAAGUUGCAGCGGCUGAAGCGCUCCCUGUCCUUCAAGUCAGUCAUGCGCAGCAAGAGCGUGGACAACUUUUUCCAGCGCAGCAACGGUGAAGCCCGCCCACCCGCAGCCUUCAUCACCACGCCGCCUCCGCCACCAUCAUCACCUCCCCCGUUCUCUGAGUCCCCCCUGGGCUAUGAGCGCUCUCCCUCCCUGUCCCCAUCAAUCAGUCCCAACCCUUCACUGUCAUCACACUCGCCGUCUAUCAGUCCCUCGCUAUCCGUCACCUCCAAAACCCAGCCAAAGACUCAGGCCCAGCCGGUGCAGCCGGUCAAGACCCACUGUUUCCAGGAGCACGUCUUCCGUCGGCCUACCAGCUGCCAGCGAUGCAAACACAUGAUUCAAGGGAACUCCAAGCAGGGGCUGCGCUGUAAAGCCUGUAAGCUGGCGGCCCACCUCUGGUGCUCAUCAGAGCUCUCCCAGCAGCCCUGUAAUGGCAAGACAGGAGCUUUCAAGAGGAACUUCAGCUCUCCUCUGCUAACCAGUGAUCCACUGGGUGUGGUCAGAGAGGCUCCUGCUGCUCAGGAAGCAGAUAACAGCAUUGUUGACCCUGUGUAUGAGGCACUACGUUAUGGGACGUCACUGGCUCAGAUGAGUCGUUCCAGCUUCGGCAGUAUCUCAGAGUCGCCCUGUCAUGAGGCAGAAAAACCGCAAGACAAACUAGAAAACCAGCCAAUAGCUGAGGAGGAACACAUCCCAGGAAUGCUCACCCCUCCUGAAAGCGAGAAGGCUGAUUCAGAAGACAGGGUCAGCCUGAAGACUCCCAAAAGAGUAGAGGUCCACUCCAUCCAUACCUAUGUGGCUCUCUACAAGUUUCUGCCUCAGGAGAAGAACGACUUGGAACUACAGCCUGGUGACAGAAUUCAAGUCACAGAUGACUCCAAUGAGGACUGGUGGAAGGGGAAAAGCAGAGACAAGGUGGGAUUUUUCCCUGCCAACUUUGUGCAGCGGGUCCGCCCUGGUGAACGUGUGUGGAAGGUCACCGAUAGUUUCCAUGGCAACCGAGACAAAGGCCAGAUGACUGUAAAAGAGGCCCAGAUCUGUGUGGGGAAGAACGAGGAGAUUGACGGCUUCCUUCGGCUCACCAGCGGGAAGAAGAGAGGCUUGGUUCCUGUGAAGUAUCUGUUAGAAAUAUGAUGGCGGCGCUGUUUUCCUUGACCCUCAGUUUGAUAGAGUUCACUAUAACGGAGGAAUACUCAGGAGUGUUUACCCAACACCUCACUGACCGCCAGCCACCCACCCGCACCUCUCCAAAAAGCGGCAGUGAAGUAGCAGCUUGAGUGGACGACGUGCCACAACUUUGCUUUUCACUGCAGGGGAUUUUAAAGGUUAAGACUUAAAGGAGGGGGCGGCUUCUUUAGAGUUCUUUAGAGCUACUUUUCUUGUAGCACAACUUUACUUUGUGUGGUUUUAUACACACUCACAACAGAAAUGUAGCAUCAUAUAGAAGAGGAGAAGUGUGCAGGAAGUCUGGCUACCUCACUAGCCAUCUCCAUUGGCCGUCUGUCUGCGUGAAAGGGGAGAGGACUACUUUAUUAUGAUGUCAAGGCAUGUCUAAGCCCAAGGGUCUUUGCGAGAAAACUGUAUUCAUUUCAUUGUUUGUGUAGAGAAAACAAAGAUAUAAGAGAUUGUGAAAGAUUGUAGCUGUUUAUCGUAGUUGCUUGUGCAAACCCAGUUGGCAGAUUUGGUUUAGCUAAGGAUAUAAACUAUGACAGUCUGGUUUUGUAUGAGCAGCCUACAGCUCACGAUGUGCAUGUGUCUGCUGUUGUGAUAUGGACUCAUGAUGUGCGUAUGUGUCACUUCUGCUCGGACUAGAAAAUGAUUCAGGUAUUACAUUAUGUAAAAAUUUUAAAGUCGUCUCUGCUAAAUUUUGGUCAAAUGAAAGUCAUAUCACACACACACACACACACACACACACACACACACAGGGGGACUUCUGUAUUUCAGACUGCUCCCCAGUGAUUAGAUUACAGUACAUUUUUGCUCUUCACAGCUCUGAUGUGACAAAUGCUUUCCAUGCACCUUGGGGAGUUUCUUUCUCAGUAUGCCCUUCAAUUACACUCUUUGUACACACACUAACACACACACACACACACACACACAUAUACAAAUUUUAUAGUUCCCUCUGUUCCAUGUAACUCUAGAAUCAGUCAUCAGAAUCUGCUUCCUGUCAUUAUAUUCUCAGCGCUGUUUAUCCGUAUGUAACGUCCUAUAAUAUUCGCUGUCAUAUCUGGUUGUGUGCUACGACGUAAGGGUGGCGUGCUGUCUUGACCUCCUGAUGUGCUUUUCUUCCAUGGAAGAACAGAGGAAAGAAAAACUGUAAUUCAGGAUUAUAAAUUAAAAACCAAACUCAGCGUUAUUUGUUGAAAAAGUGGCAAAGGCUGUCACGCACCUGUCAAAAACGUAUUGAAAUUUUGAUGAAUGGCUACUUUUUCUCCCAGCACACGCGGUUACUAUAAAGUAACUCUGAGGGACUGUUAUUGUUGCUGUAAUUAAAGGUGAUAAAGGCAAAAUCACCUCACACCCUUUGAUUUAUUGCUCUGUCAUUUUAAACCAAAAGGCAGUGACAAACUGCCUUUGUUGCGGCAAUAACUGUAAAUAAAAAUAUGACAGUAUUUGUAAAUAGCCUUAUAAAGAUACUGUACAUACUGGCUCUGAAUAGCACUCACCAAGAUGUUUGGAGCUAUCCAGGAGCCAACCAAGGGCAUUAACUUCACAGUUAUAAAUUACAGGAGAUUAAUGUUUGUUGUCCCACUUACCAAUGUAUGCAUCUCUAUGCUCAAUUAACAUCUAGCCCGGUCAGCACAAAUCUUUUCAAAUACUAUGCACAACAGUUCUAGUCACUCACUUUAUUUUGUACUCAGCGUAUUUCCAGCGUAUAGCCACACACGUGUCCGUGUAUACCUGUGCUUUUGCAGCGUGGAUAAAGAUUUGAAUUUGAACUCCAGCUUCGGGAGCAUCGCAGCUUUUAUAAAGUGUCCAUCUUGGAUCAGUGUGCACCGUGCUAAUCCCUAAACAUUACCUUCACCGACUAGAACCAAGAUUGGCUCAGGAUCAGUAUUACCCAGGUGAAUUCCUUUUCUCACUUUGAUGCACACUACCAGGCUGGUUCUCCGCAUGGCUAGCUGCCCUGUGAUCCUCACAUCUCUCAAUAAAGUCAGAUGAACUCUCAA